UCCCGCUGUACCUUCAACUUCUGUAGAUACUUCUCCUCGUCAUCUCCUCUUUCAGUCAAGAAAAGGAUGCCUCCCAAAAAAGCCCCCGUCCAGGAGAAGAAGGUCGUCCUCGGCCGUCCAAGUAACAAUCUUAAGAUUGGAAUCGUAGGUCUGCCUAAUGUAGGGAAAUCGUCAUUUUUCAACCUUCUCUCUCAAGCCGAGCUUUCACUCGCAGCGAAUUACCCUUUUGCUACCAUUGCACCCGAGGAAGCGAGGAUACCCGUUCCAGAUGUCCGAUUCGAUUGGUUAUGUGAUCUGUACAAGCCAAGUUCAAGAGUGCCAGCUUUCUUGACAACCAUAGACAUCGCUGGUCUUGUCUCUGGUGCCUCAGCAGGAGAGGGACUUGGGAACGCUUUCUUGUCACACGUUCGUGCCGUCGACGGUAUCUUUCAAGUUGUCCGCGCCUUCGAUGAUGCCGAAGUCAUACAUGUAGAAGGGGACAUCGAUCCUAUACGCGACAUGGAGAUUAUCAAAACGGAACUACGACUCAAAGAUAUCGAUUGGGUGCAGAAAGCUUUAGAGGGCUACAAGAAGACCGGCCGGUCCUUGGGUAACAAUUCACUGGCUGACAAAGCGAAGAAGGAAGAAAUCGCCACCGUGGAGAAAGUCUUGAAAAUGUUGACCGAGGAGAAGAAAGAUGUUCGGAAAGGUGACUGGACAAAUAAAGAGAUCGAAGUUGUCAACAGUCUCUCGUUAUUGACCGCUAAACCUGUGACGUAUCUUGUCAACCUCAGCGAGAAGGACUAUAUCCGGAAAAAGAACAAAUGGUUGGCCAAAAUCAAGGCUUGGAUCGACACCAACAAUCCGGGCGAUAUGUUAAUUCCUUUCUCGGUCUCUUUGGAGCAACGUUUGGCAGACCUUGCGACGCCAGAGGAAAAGGCAGAAGAGGAAAAGAACAUCGGCGCUACGAGCGCGCUUGGUAAGAUCACCCACAUCGGAUAUACCAGUCUUGAUUUGAUUCGGUACUUCACUUGUGGUCCGGUCGAGGUCCGGGCCUGGACAAUUCGGAAGGGCACCAAGGCACCCCAGGCGGCAGGUGUCAUCCACUCCGACUUUGAGAACAAGUUUGUCUGUGGAGAAAUAAUGUCUUUCGAAGACCUCAAGGAGUAUGGCAGCGAAGCCGCGGUGAAAGCUGCUGGCAAGCUACGACAGCAAGGCAAGCCUUACGAGAUGGUGGAUGGGGAUAUUGCAUACUGGAAGGCGGGUGCUUAAUUCAGAGGAGUAGACAUAUCAUUGUAUUCUUCGGUUCUCGUCAUGCAUCAACGUGCAUGAUGAAUUGUAACAGUCUUAUUGUACAAGAUC